GUCAAAAUUUCACCAUUUUUGGCUUUGGGGUGUGAUGGAAUAAAUCAAAAUGGAUCUCUAAACUAUCUGCGCUUCUUUAAUUAAUGAAGUAGCAGUUAGUCAAACACUGCAACUUUCGAUGUUGAGCCGGGGGUCUCUUUGGAAAUAGCCUCUCUACUUUCGAGUAGGGGCAAGAAGAUCCCUCCGGCCAUUCUACUUCGUUCGAGAACGCAGCUUUAAGAUGCCAGUUCUAGCCCCCCGUCGCUCGCCUGGACUCGCCGGCGGGAUCAAAGCAUCAGAUCCGGUGCCGGUCAGUGCCGAGAACGGAGUUUCUACUCCCCGGAAGCACAAGUUGGGAUCCGAAUCUUAUUUAUCAAAUGGUGCCGUUUCCUCUGCUCCCCCGUCGGCAGAUGCGUCUCCAGCAAAAUGGAAGUCGCCGAGGCGAUGCCUCCUUGAUAGUCCGAGCAGUCCAGUUAAAGGAUCUGGGGAGAAUUUUGGUGAUAAAAUGAUGAAAUUGAGUAAAUCUCCAGUGAAAAAGAGGUUGCUGGAAAGCUUCAAUGAGAAACCGAUCUGGAAUCCGAUAGACACCGAGCAAUUGAAUGCGGUGAAGGAGGUAUUACAUGUAUCUACAGCCCCGUCAGCCAUAGUGUGCCGUGAACUUGAGAAAAAUAGGAUUUUGCAGUUCUGCAAGCAAUGUGUUGAGCAGAAAAGGGCUGGCAGUUUGUAUGUUUGUGGAUGUCCAGGAACUGGAAAGUCGCUCUCCAUGGAAAAGGUCAAGGAAGAGUUAAUUGAUUGGGCUACAAAGGGGGGCGUUCAACAGCCGGAUAUAUUGUCCAUCAACUGCACUUCUCUGACAAAAACCUCAGAAAUUUUCUACAAGAUACUUGAACGGAUUCAACCUAAGAAAAAGCUUAGUGGUUUGACAUCACCACUGCAGCUUCUUCAGAACAUGUUCUCUGUGAAGCAGCAAGCUGGCACACCCAUGAUGUUAAUAGUUGCUGAUGAGUUGGAUUAUUUGAUCACCAAAGAUCGAGCUGUUCUUCAUGAUCUCUUCAUGCUAACAACAUUUCCUUUCUCCCAAUGUAUACUAUUAGGAAUUGCUAAUGCAAUUGACCUAGCUGAUAGAUUCCUUCCCAAACUUCAGUCCUUGAACUGCAAGCCGAUGGUUAUAACAUUUCGUGCAUACUCCAAGAACCAGAUCAUUAUGAUUCUUCAACAAAGAUUAGCAGCACUUCCUUACACAAUCUUCCAACCAAAAGCACUAGAGCUUUGUGCCCAGAAAAUAGCAUCUGCAUCUGGAGAUAUGAGGAAAGCGCUUUCAAUUUGCAGGAAUGCAAUUGAGCUAUUAGAGAGUGAGAUUAGAGAGUCCAACAACAAUCUGAGUUUGUCUCCACUCAAAGUGGGAGUUUGUGACUCCCCUUGCAGUAUUUUGAGGAUGCCAGAAAACAACUUUGUGAGGGUUGACCAUGUCGCUAGAGCAUUAUUAAAAGCACAUAAAUCCCCAACGGUGGACACAAUACACUCUCUUCCACAACAUCAACAGAUCAUCCUUUGUUCUGCGGUAAAACUGUUCCGUGGGGGGAAGAAGGAUGCCACAAUGGAAGAGUUGAGUAAGUACUACAUGGAUGUCUGUAGAUCAACUAAAAUCCCAGGUGUUGGUGUUAUGGAACUGUCAAACAUGUGCAGGGUGCUUGCUGACCAGGGCCUUCUAAAGAUUGGACAAUCUCGAGAAGCUAAAUUAAGAAGAGUAACUUUAAAGGUGGAUGAAAGAGACAUUACUUUUGCAUUGCAGGGAAUUCACUUCUUUCGAAACUGUCUUCAAUGAUAGUGGAAUCACAAUGAGGCACUCAAGCCUAUAUGGUUGCGGAACGGAACCACAUUCAUGGAUGGCUUUAGAUCUAUUUAUAUGUUGUAAGAAUAGGAUAUAGAAACCUCUUGAGAGUUUAGGAACUAGAGUGUAAUACUAUAUAGUACAAAGCGAGUGUUACUUUUGCAUUUGCUUAAAUUAUGAUUAAAGAUAAAUUAUGAUU